UUUUUUUUUUUAUAAAACAAAAAAAAAAUGACUAAUGAAUAUGAUUCAAAUUUUCCUAAUGACUUCAACUCUCGUAUGGUCCAAACUCAAAAUAAUAAGGAUUUUGGAUUAAUUCAAGCUACACUUCUCGAUAAUCACAAUUUAUGUUCCCAAAAUCAAAUUUCGACUCCUCCUACUUCCCCCUUUUUAUAUGCUUCUUAUGAAUCUUCUUUAUCUUGUGAUACUUCAUUUUCUUCUUGUUCAUCAUCAUCUUUAUCUCCAAUCCUUACUCCAACUACUUCUUAUCCUACUUUAAAUUCUAAUCCUUCUUUACCUACCAGUCCUUUAGAAAUAUCAUUAGUAAAAAUGGAACAAGAUUACGAACAUUCUAAUGAUUUAUCCUCACAUUUAUAUAAUAAUCCUUUGGUUCAAAAACAAAUUUCUAUUACGACCUCAAAUGAAUUAUUAUCUUACGAACAAUAUAAUAAUAACAAUAACAUUAAGGAUAAUGCAUUUAAUAUUAAAACAACAACUUAUAUUCAAAAUAUUAAUAAUCAACAAUUAAAUCAACAAAUUCAAUAUUAUAUUAAAGAACAAUCAAGAAUAUUAUCAUUAAUAGAAAUUCAACAACAACAAUAUUUAAAAUGCAAAGAAUUUAAUGAUGAACAAUAUAAAAUUGAUCCUGAAUUUUUAAAUUCGAAUUUAAAUUUAUUUAAAUGGACUUUUAUUAAACCAAAAUUUCCUUUAUUAUUCGAUCAAAUGUAUGAUAAAGCAAAUGGUUGUUUCUUUUUAACUGGAAUACCUGUUGAAUUCAUUUUUGAUUUAUGUAAACAUGAUAAUCAGCAGGAUUUAUUAACCGAAGAUUUCUUGCCAUUUGAUAAUAGUAAUAAUGAAUUGUAAAAUAUAUUAUAGACAAUUUAUAUUUUAUUUUUAUAAUGAAAAUUUUUUAUUUAUUAUUUAUAGAAAAAUUUAUAUAGCAUAUGUUUUUGUUGUACAAUAAGGAUAUAUAAGUUUUCUCUUCUUUGAUUGAAAUUGUAAAAAAGUAAUAUUUGUGUAAAUAACUUUUUUAAAGUAGUAAUAAUAAUAAUAAUAAUAAUAAUAUUGUUA